AUGGAUGGCUUCGCAGAGGCGAACCAGCUGCUUAAUUCGGCAUUAGAAGAACUUGACGGCCUCAUUAUAAAUGGCGGUAAGACUACAUCAACCUGCAUCGGAAAUCGCCCCGUCCCGUCACCUGUUCACGAACGCCGCCUGUCAACUGAAAAGGGCAUGCGCAAUAUUGAUAGAGCUAUAGAGUUGGCUAGCGCUGUCGCACAAGACGUUGAUGAUGAUCGUUCAACGAAAACUGGCGACUGGAGUACCAAGGACUGGGAAGAUGCCACAGGUGGUCAGAUUGUGUGUGCCGUUCAGUUCUUUAUUCACUAA